AUGAAUCCCGAUUAUCAAGAAGUUCAAAGAGAGAUCAAAAAGAAUGGAAUAUAUACACCUGAUUUUUAUGAGGAAUUGGCUCUUCAAUGUAUGAAUGCUAAUCCGGAAUUGAGACCAACCGCUGAGGAGAAACUUCAAGAAUCUCAACAAAAAGUUUCGAUGGUUAGAAGCAAAUUUGAAGAAGCUGAUGAACACAUACCAAAUAUUAAGCCAACAUUAAUGAAUUACAAUUUUGACAUUCAUAAAAGCAAACAAUUAGAUUGA